AUGGUUUCUGAAAACCUCUCUUCCAUCACAGAAUUCAUCCUAGUGGGACUUACUAAUCGCCGACAGACACAGAUCCUGCUCUUUGUGGUCGUCCUCCUCAUCUAUUCCCUCGCCCUUAUAGGAAACCUGCUGAUCAUCAUGCUGGUGCGAACAGAUCCCUCCCUCCAGACCCCCAUGUACUUCUUCCUCUUGCACCUCUCUGUCUUGGAGAUCUGCUAUAUCAACUGCAGCAUGCCCCAGAUGCUGGCUCACCUUCUCUCUGGACACGGAGCCAUCUCCUUCAACCGUUGCAUGGUCCAGAUGUACAUGAUCAUCUGCCUGGGUAGCGUCGAGUGUUUUCUGCUGGGCACCAUGGCUUAUGACCGCUACUUGGCCAUCUGCCAUCCUCUGCUCUAUGUCACUGCCAUGGGUAGGUGGCGCCAGGUGCAGCUUGCCUCAGCCUCCUGGGCAGGUGGCUUCCUUCUUGCUUCAAUAAAUUCCAGCUUCACCUUCCGCCUCCCCUUCUGUGGCCCCAACCGCAUCAAUCACUUCUUCUGCGACAUGCCGGUUAUGAUCAAGCUGGCUUGCACCGACACACGAGAGACUGAGCUCAAUACCAUCGUGGUGUCUGCACUGAUCAUUCUCCUGCCCUUUUUGGUUAUCCUGAUCUCCUACAUGCUCAUACUGUCCUCGGUGAUAAAAAUGCAGUCAGCCACUGGGUGGCACAAGGCCUUCUCCACGUGUGCCUCCCACUUGACUGUGGUCAUUUUGUCCUAUGGCAUCCUCAUUAUUACAUACUUGAGUUCUGGAUCAGAGGCAUCUCCUGAUCGUGACAAGGGACUUGCUGUCUUUUACGUUGUGGUCACCCCCUUGCUCAACCCUAUCAUCUAUACCCUACGCAACAAGGACAUCCAUGGGGCUCUGUCCAGGGUGCUGCAAAGAUGCCCUGGAUGUAGCCAGAGCACGCACCACAGCAGCCACAACGCCUCCACCCAGGAAAGGCCUCAGCUGGCUAACCAGUGGAAGCUGGUGAAAGGCAUGCUUGAUCACAGUUUAACCAGCAGUAGGCCUGGGUCCAACGGCACCCCCGGGCUACGCACCUGCUCCAUAAAGGGGAACCGCAACCCCAUCCCGAACAGAUGA